AUGAGCAAAGCUCUUUCAAUCGCCUUUCAUCUGGGUUUCCCUAAUUUGAUGGAAGAUUGUCCGGCAAGAAUGGGAAAGAACUGUCCAGAAUCGUUCUUAGAGAGCAUGGGUCGAGUUAACAUAAGUCAGCCAACAAAGGCCAUCAAAUUCGUCAGACUCUUUGAAACCUCAAAUCCAGAGUUACUGAAAUUGUUGUCUGUCGCUGCUGCAUGUGGUCUUCUUCUCAUCGCAUUCAUACAGAUUCUUCGAUUUGUCACUUUCAUGCUGGUGCUAUGA